CUUCCACUCUCUCUCUCUCUCUUUCUUUCUGUAUUGACAUACACGUAACACAAACGUCAUUCAUGGCUUCCCACUCCCAGGACCUGAAGCAACGUAUCAAGGAUGGCCCUGCCGACACGCCCACCCCGGAUAACAACUACACCAAAACCAAACGAGAGAAGAGAACGGACAUGGCCAAACGUGGCCUUAGAUCGUUGUCCAUAGCCGUUGCUCUUCCUCUUGCUCUUGUCCUUUUUGACAUCUAUUAUUUCGGUUCAAGUCGUAGCUAUGUCGCCCUCAAGAAACCACUUUGGUUCCCUCCUUUGUGGGUAAUACACACAGCCUGCAUGGCUUCGAAUUUCUUGAUGGGUCUGUCGGCGUGGCUUGUUUGGGCUGAAGGUGGUUUCCACAAGAACCCAACGGCUUUGUCUUUUUGCUUGGGUGAGCUUUUAUUGAGUUUGGCUUGGCAUCCUAUUGUGUUGCAUUUGGGAGCCAAUUGGGUUGGGUUGAUUUUGUGUUUAGCUAUGUUUGGGGCUUUGGCUGGAUGUUGUCAGGCCUUCAGGGAGGUUAAACCAAUAGCGAGUGAUUUGGUAAAGCCAUGUUUGGCUUGGACGGCGUUUCUGGCCAUUGUAAAUCUUAAGCUUCUUUUUCUUUGAAGUGUAGCUGAUGAUGUUCUUACUUUUGUUUGUAGUUUCCUUGUAAACAAUAUCUCUCAAGAUAUAGUUACAUGGUUAGUGAGUAAUGGAUACAUAUCAUACAUAAUUCAAUUUCACAGUGUGGUUGGGCUUUAA